AUGAGUUCCUCUACCAAGCAACAAGUUACCUCUCUUACGCGGUCCCUCUCCUCCAUCGAAACGCAAUUGAAAAAGAUGCUUUUGGUCGUUGAAAAUUUCGAUGUGGCGACCGGUGAAAAAAUUCGCUUGGAAGACAUUCUUGAAUCUUCUAUUGAACUCUACGACAAUUUUCGGUCCGAUCAAUUGAAACUUUUUGGUCUAAUUAAAGAAGAAGAAGUGCCAGAUAUUGAGAUGCAAGGUGAAACCAUCCACGAUAUUGUUCGUGAAGUGCGAAUUCAAGUUAAGAAGAAGCUUUUGCACUAUAAAGAAGAUGAAAAAAAGCCACUUAUUGUUCCUUCUUCUUCCGAAACCCCCAAUAAAAGCACAAUAAAAUUGCCUGAAAUUCCCCUUCCACUUUUCGACGGUAAUUGCGAGAACUGGCUUUACUUCAAGGACCAGUUCACCAGUUUGAUUAAACGCAACGAUCAUUUAAACGAUUUUCAAAGGCUGUACUAUCUCCGUUCGUCCCUCCGCGAUGAGGCGCGUGCCAUUGAAUCGAUUGAUUACGAAUCCUCCUUGGCACUGCGCGAGCUUUUGAAUGGAGUGCUGAAGCAUAUUCGAGCCCUUGCUGCUUUAGGCUUCUCCCUUGAUAAAACGUCGGAUGUCUUUUUGGUUCACCUGGUAACCAGUCGUUUGGAUCGUGAAACUCGUAAGGCCUUUGAGAUGCAACAAACAGACUCGACUUACCCCAGCUGGACAGCUUUAAUUACAUUCCUCCAAGACAGGUGCAGAAUUUUGGAAAGUCUUGAGUGUAGAAAGGCGUUAGCUGGUGAAAGAAAUCCUCGUCCCCAAGUCUCGCAGGCGCAAAGGUUGCGGCAUACAUCUCGUGGUCCUGUGUCAAAUGCUGCUAUGAGCCUAGAACCAAAGCGGAACAAAUGUUUUCUUUGCAGUGGAAGUCAUUUUUUGAGCGAAUGUUUUAAGUUUCGAGGCUUUUCCGUCCCUGAACGUAUACGCAAGGUGAAAGAACUUCGUUUGUGCAUCAACUGUCUGAGCAAUAAGCAUUUUUUGGCGGACUGCCCUAGCUCCUCUUGUCGUCGAUGCUCAGACAGACAUCACACAUUGCUGCACCUUGAAUUCUCCCAACCGAAACCCGAUAUGAAAUAUGAUUCCAACUCUCGUGGUCGCGAUAAUCAGCCGAAACCUCCUAAUCCUGAUGGUCAAAAUUACCGGUCUGCCCCAACCUCGUCUGGUCAAACAAAUCGUUCAGUUCAGAGUACCCAGAACUCGUCGUCCAACCCCUCAUUGACUCAUGCAACCGUGACAUCCAAACAGGUUUUGCUUUACACUGCAACCGUCGUGAUUGAAAAUUCUUACGGCGAACGGUUUGACUGUCGUGCCUUGUUAGAUGGUGCAUCUAUGGCCAACAUCAUCACUAAAGACUGCGCCAAAAAGCUGAGCUUGAAGUCUAGAUCAACUAACAUGGAACUAAGUGGAGUGUGUCACCAACAUUCAAAAAUUCGUCGUAUUGUGCGAGCCUUUGUUAUGUCCAGGCACUGUGACUACGCAAGAUUUAUCGAGUUCCUUGAAGCAGACAACGUCACUGCGAAUCUUCCUCUACAACCCUUUGAAACGUCUUCUUGGAAAUUACCUGACGGUGUGAUCCCCUCUGAUCCCUCUUUCAACAUACCCGGGCGAAUCGAUAUGCUUCUCGGUAUGGAAUUGUACUGGGAAAUAUUUUCUGGAAGGCAAGAGUUUAUGGAUGGAAAGUUUUCGUUCCGUGAAACCAAGUUCGGCUUGGUAGUUGGUGGAAUAAUUGAGCGACAGGGCGAGUUUACCGAAACUGAUGAUUGUUUCUGCAACGUGAUGACAAAUGAAGAGUUGCAUGAGAAACUUAAAAGAUUUUGGGAAGUUGAGGAACUCCAACCAUCAGAAACAGUCUCUGAGGAAGCAUUAGCCGAAACUCAUUUUUGUGACACGGUCGAAAGAACAGCUGAUGGUACAUAUAUGACUAGACUACCGUUUCGAAAGGGAGCUACAUUGGGCAAUUCUCUAAAUCUAGCUCACCAAAGAUUUCUUGCUAUGGAAUAUCGCUUACUCAAGAACCCCACAUUGUAUGAUGACUACAAAGCGUUUAUGGCCGAAUAUUUAUCCAUGGGCCAUAUGAUAAAAAUCGGAACUAUCGAUACAGUGGUUGACGGUCCAGACCAGUACUUCCUUCCCCACCACCCUGUCCUCCGACCAUCUAGUAGCACCACCAAAUUACGUGUCGUUUUCAAUGCGUCCUCAAAAACUUCGAACGGUCAGUCCCUGAACGAUAAGCUUUUGGUCGGCCCAACCAUUCAACAGAAUUCGGCAGAUAUUAUUUUGAGGUUUCGAAAACAUCGAGUCGCUAUGUCAGCUGAUAUUUCAAAAAUGUACCGAAUGAUAAAGAUGCACCAAGAUGAUCAACGGUUCCAAAAAAUUCUGUGGCGAUCGAGUCCUGAUAGUGAAAUAUCUGUGUAUCAGUUGACAACCCUCACGUACGGCACGGCCUGUGCUCCCUUCAGCGCUACUAGAUGUCUUCUACAACUCUGCCAAGAUGAGAAAGAUCGUUUCCCUUAUGCUGCGGCUCGUGGUACUACUGACUUCUAUAUGGACGAUGCAUUGACCGGUGCGGACAGCACGGACGAAGCAAGGACUCUGCAAACUGAACUAAUCAAAAUGUGUUGCUCCGGAGGGAUGGUUCUGCAUAAAUGGUGCUCCAACGACAGCAAAAUCUUGGAUGCUGUUCCCAGCGAAAAUCAAGAACAAAAGGUAAUUUUCUCGAACGACAAAUCAACAAAGACACUUGGGCUAACCUGGCAGCCUAACACUGAUCUCUUUGUCCUUGAUUUCUCAUCCAUCGAAUUCAAGACUUGCGGAUGUACGAAGCGUGAAAUUCUGUCAGAUGUGGCAAAGCUGUAUGACCCGAUCGGACUGAUCGGUCCUGUGAUUCUGACAGCCAAGUUGAUUGUUCAGGAGGCAUGGAAAAGCGGAUAUGGCUGGGACGACGUUGUAGACGAAGGGUUGAAAAACAAGUGGCUAAAAUUUCGCUCUCAAAUCCAACUAGUAGACCAAAUCAAAGUCCCAAGGUGUGUGCUCCCUAAUAACCAAUUGAAGUCCAUUGAACUACAUGGCUUCUCCGACGCUUCGAAAUCGGGCUACGGAGCCUGCGCGUACGUAAGAUCGGUCGAUUGCGAAGAUAAAGUGUCGGUUCAGCUCCUUUGCUCAAAAUCGCGUAUAGCUCCAAUUCGUAAAACAGAGGAGGAACAGUUAACUAUUCCAAGACUCGAGUUAUGCGGCGCUUAUGUUUUAGCUCAAAUCAUUGAAAAUGUGAAACGAUCUUUUGAAAUUACCUUUGACCAAAUAAUUCUUUGGAGUGAUUCCAUGGUAGUAUUAACUUGGAUCCAAACACCAUCUACUAAGCUCAAAACAUAUGUUUCUAACCGAGUAGAUUACAUCCAAAAAACGACCAGUCCAGCUUUGUGGCGGCACAUUGGCACGAAGGAGAACCCAGCCGAUGCCCUGUCACGAGGACUCAUGCCGAACGAGAUUGUUGACUUCGAUAAAUGGUGGCACGGGCCGUGCUUCCUGCAGAACAUCGAGGCAACAUGGUUAUCUGACGACAAGCCAAACAUCGAAAUCGAGGACAUCCCAGAACUGAAGGCACUGGUAAGCGUGGUCAACGAGCGGUUCAGCAUCUUCGAAAAUAUUGGCAGCUUCGAAUCGAUGCUACGCACGAUGGUCCAGAUGCUGCGAUUCAUCAGAAAAAAGCCGAAACAACCCUGCACAUUUCGGACGAAUGUGUAUCACGUGCUGGAACUCAACGAUGCUUUGGUAAAAUUGGUGAAGCUAGUUCAAGAAGAAGUUUUCUCUGACGUCAUCGAAAAACUUCGCAACGGCAAGUCAAUUCCCCGAGACAGUCAUCUGCUAACUCUCGGACCUUAUCUCGACGACGACGGUGUGAUGCGAGUUCGUGGACGACUUCAAAAGGCGCAGAUUCCCGAGGACAUGAAGAACCAAAUGAUCCUCCCGGCAGGCCAUCCGUUCACGGUAGCUUUGAUACGAUCGUAUCACAUCAAGUACCUCCACGCAGGACCUCGUCUUACCAUCGAAGCUCUACGCCAAAAGUUCUGGAUUGUACGAGGGCAAAACAUUGUGAAGAAGGUGAUUCGCCAAUGUACCAAGUGCUUCAGACGAAACCCGAAAAUUUUGAGUCAACCUGUUGGCGAGCUUCCUGUUUGUCGAGUCGAGCAAAAUUAUCCUUUCUACAACACCGGAGUAGACUUCGCAGGGCCUGUGAGUUUACAGCAACGAAACCGAAGAUCGACGGUCACGUACAAGGGCUACAUCGCUGUGUUUAUUUGCAUGGUGACUCGGGCGAUCCACUUAGAGCUGGUCGGGGACCUGACAUCCGAGGCGUUUAUUGGGGCUCUUCAAAGAUUUGUCGGACGACGAGAGCUGCGAAAGUUGUUUUGCGACGAACAGCACCAACAAUCCCUGGUCAACUACUGCAGCGAAGAGGGCAUCUCUUGGCACCUCCAGCCACCUUACUCUCCUAACUUUGGUGGCAGCUGGGAGUCUGGUGUAAAAUCUAUGAAAACGCACCUACGAGCAGUGUUGGGCAACGCAGUGCUAACCUACGAAGAGAUGUCGACGGUGCUGGCGCGGAUCGAGGGGGCCCUCAACUCGCGCCCAUUGUGUCCUCAAUCAACCGAUCCGGGUGACCUGACCGUUCUCACCCCGGGUCAUUUCCUGAUCUUCCGACCAUUGAAGGACCUACCAGAGCCCGAUUUCGAGAAGACGAAGACAUCCCUGCUGAAAAGGUGGCAUCACAACCGAACCAAACUUGAUCAAGCGAAGAACAUCGAACCUGGACAGGUAGUUGUGGUUCGCGACGAGAAUCUUCCACCCCAAAGGUGGAUCCUUGGCCGAAUAGUCGAAACCUUCCCAGGAUCGGACGGUAUAGUACGAGUUGCUGACAUCCUGACCCAAGACGGCAUAAUUCGACGAUCGAUUUCGAGAUUGUGUAUGUUGCCAAUCCAGGACAAUUUGGUGACACUACACACAACCAUCAAGACUGGGUCCCAGAACCGGUACCGUGCAUAUCGAACCGACAACACCAACACAUACGCACCCGCGUAUGGAAUGACGACGAAGAAGGUAGAUAAAGCCGGGUCCCGGCAGCUGCGCAGUUAG